AUGGAAAGCUUUUUGGAGGCCCCUCUGAAGGAUUGGAGGAUCGGGAGUGCUUCCGAUGAACACCAUCCAAAUGAAAAGCUCCGUCACCAUGCAGUUCCCGGAGGCGCUUUUGAACAGUGGCGUCCCAUCCACUUGUGGGAGAGGGUUUAUAAGGAAAAGUGCGAACGCGGUUUUCUUCCAGGUAGAUUGCGCGCCGUCAAAAGAAUCAGCAAAGAGCACGCCGGCUUUCUCAUGGCGUCGCAGCGGGAGCUCCAAGCUCUCGCUACUUUCUCGAAGAAGAACGAUCCCAGGGGAUCUUUGAUUGCGAAACAGGUCGCGAUGGGUUUACGUUAUAUGCACCAAAAAGGCUUCCUCCACAGAGAUCUCAAGCCCUUGAAUAUCCUCGUCGAUACGCCAGGCCCUGAAUGGAAGGUCAAGCUUGCAGACUUUGGCAUAGCCAGAAACAUCGGCGGCCCUACAUUGUACACCCACUACAUUGGUACUUAUGGCUACAUCGCUCCCGAGUUAUUCGAAUCAUCGGAUGCGUAUACGGCCGCGGUCGAUAUCUGGGCACUAGGGGCCGUCGUAUUUUGCAUGUGUACCGGCGCCCCGCCCUUUGAGCAACCGCAACACCUUCUCCAGUAUUGUGCCGGUAUGAGAUGCUUCCCUUCCCAGGUUUUGGGUCUUUCAACCGGAUUCUGCAUCGACUUCAUCCUGGGGACUAUGCAUGCGAACCCGCGGCAAAGAUUGGAGAUGGACCAGAUCAUGGAUCACGAGUGGCUCUCCAUGGAAAGAACGAUUAUGAAUAUGAGUAACCCGUAA